AUGGGCAAAGCUUACAAUAUUGGUCUUGCGAUAUUCGCGGCCAUUGGGUCUUUUCUGUUCGGUUACGACUCAGGUGUGAUGACGGACGUUAUCGCAUCGCAGAACUUCUUGGACUUCUUUGGCACGACUCCUACAUCACCAACCAUCGGCGCGAUCAAUGCUACUUUCAGUGGAGGUGCCGUCUUUGGCGCCCUAUUCGGCGGUGUCAUUAUGGAUAAAUACGGUCGCCGCAGAACUAUUGGCAUCGGAGCGUUGAUCUGCACGGUAGGUGCUGUCUUACAAGCGGCAGCAUACUACUUAGCCAUGAUGUUGGUGGGCCGAAUCGUCGCCGGAUUUGCCGUUGGACUCCUAUCCAUGAGUGUGCCCGUGUAUCAGUCCGAGUGCGCUCAUCCAAAGAUCCGUGGCCUAAUCGUUGGAAUCGCCCAGCAAAUGAUUGGAGUUGGCUUCAUUGUUUCGACAUGGGUCGGCUACGGCUCCCAUCAGAUGCCCGAUUCGUCGUCCUUCCAGUGGCGAUUUCCAUUAGCAUUCCAGGCUUUGCCGUCGGCGCUGCUCUGUGUUGGUAUGCUCUGGUUACCAGAAUCUCCACGGCAUCUUAUUGCAACAGAUCGUUUGGAGGAUGCUAUGCGUAUCCUGAGAAAGCUUCACUUUGACGGCAGUAACAACGACUGGAUUCAAGCUGAAUUUGCGGAGAUCAAGAUGACCAUUGAUACGGAAAAAGCUGUAACUGCGCCAGGAUGGCUCAUCAUGUUCCGAAUUCCUCAAUGGAGGCGGCGACUGAUGCUGGGCACGCUGGUGCAGGUGUUCACUCAAUUCACCGGGAUCAAUGUCAUUGGAUAUUACCAGACCAUCAUGUAUGAGUCGCUUGGCUUUACCGGAAAGACAAAGUUGUUGGUGGCCGGUAUCUACAACUGUGUUGGCCCGCUUGCCAACCUGGUGUUCAUCACAUUCCUCAUUGACCGUAUUGGCCGGAAACGACCGCUUAUAUACGGUGUUAUCGCCAUUACUAUCGCGUUGAUUUGCGAAGGUGUUGUCAAUAGCCAAAAUAUUGACGGGUCUAAACACGGUCUCAGCAUUGCUGGCGUGGCCUUCCUCUUCAGUGUUAGCAUCAUCUUUUCGCUGUCAUUCGGACCUGUAUCCUGGACAUACAUGUCAGAAGUGAUGCCGUAUCAAAUCCGCGGCAAGGGCUGUGCAUUCGCGACUGGUAUUGGCAACUGGCUUGUGAGUACGUUCUGGGCACAAGUCAGCCCGAUCGCCCUAGGAGACCUUGGCUGGAAGUUCUACUUUGUCUUCGUUGCUUUCAAUCUCGUCGUAACUCUUCCCACGCUUAUAGUGAUGUUUGAGGAAACCAAGGGCAAGUCUUUAGAAGAAAUCGACUUGAUGUUUGGGGAUAGAGCAUUGGGAAAUCUACCCACAGACAUUGAGAAAGUGGCGUCCAAGGCGGCGGCCGAGGACACCGGCAACCAUGACGGGGUCGCCUAG